AUGGAGUGUGGCAGCAGCCCGUGUCUGAGCUGCUGCAGUACCUCUUCUGGUGGUUCCUGUCCCACAGUGUGCGAGGUGGAAGCGCUCCUGGCACAGCUCCGUGUGGCAGCGGAGAGCAGGGGAUCUAGAUGGCAGCAGGCUACCGUUCAAGGUCUGCUCCCGGGGUCUGGGGAGGCUACUGCUUCGGCUCUCCCCUCCAGCCGGCCGUGGAGGACAAGUCCUCCGGCGCGCCUAAGUCCAGAAGUGACCCCGAGGGUCCGGCGCCGGUUAAGGAGCCCCUCUGUGGCCCCUCCAGCACUCGCUGCGUUGAGUACCAGUUCUUCCAGGCAGUCGCGUGCUGGGAGGAAUCCUGUGGUACGGCGGGACCCUAGGAGGGGGGUGCUGGACCUCCCCCUCUCCUCUGAUGCAGGCAGCGUGGGAUCCAGAGCUGGUUCGGCAGGGGGAUCGGGCCCUGGUCUCUCUGCCCGGCGUGUGACAGGAAGGCAGACUGCAUCUGCUGGUCGGCGGGGUCCUGUGUGUGGCCCUGAGCUGGUUUCCUUACUGGAGCAGCGCAGCGCUGGCUUCAGGUCGACUCUUGAUAAUGAAGGAAGGGCGACAUCUGGUGGCAGAGCUGCUGAUCUGCAGGCUCUUGGAGCUCCAAGCAGGACGAGGGUGACAUCUGGUGGCGAGGCUGAGGUACUGCAGGCCUUGGGAUCUACAAGUGCUGUAAGGGAGACAUCUAGUGGCGCAGCUGCAGGAUUGCAGGCUGCAGGGUCUGCAGAUUCCAGAGAUGUUACAGAACAGAUGUGGGCGUCUGGACGGGAGUUCGUCGCCAGUCAAGUUUCGGUGCCUCACGUUCCGGCUGGUGGAGUCACAGCGUCCGCGCAGCCAGGUUCCUGGUUGGUGUGGAAUUCGGAAGUCACAGCUGGCGGCAAUGGAGAGAACAGGAGCAUGAUGGGAACAGAUUUGGCGCACGUGCCCUCUGGUGUCCAGGGAUUGGCAAACGCACAGAAGGAGUGGUUGGAGGAGGAGUUUAAAAUUGCCUUUAUAAUGUGAGCUGUG